UGCUAUCGCUAACAUCUCCUACUUGUCUAAGUCCCGGCAAAAACUUGACCGGUUACAAGCUGUUGUGGACGACUCAAGAUCCUGGAGAAGAAGCUUUGAAACUGUCUCUAUUUGGAGCCUUGGAGGUUUACAGUGAGCAGGCUUUUCUUUGUAAAAGCAUAUGGUUUCUAUAGGCCGGAGAGCUUUACUGUUGAGAAACAAUAAAGCACAUAAUUUAACUGAGGAAGGUUUGACACCUCAGGACAACAUUUCUUUUAAUCAGUACAAAAAGAAGAGAAAUAUGGGUAGAAGGGAUGGGAAGAAGCAUUCUGGAUUUCCUGCUGAUAAGUCGGCUGAAUAUCUAUCUGGUGGAAAAACUGCUGAUGGCAAUUUUAAAGCUCAAAAAUCCUCAAAGUACCAGAAAGGCACUUCUUAUACACCAUUUGUCAGGAAUCAGAUUGAUCCAGAAACUGAAAAGUACUUUGCAGAGAUUACAAAUGUCAUAGAAGGCAAGGAGAUUGACUUAGAAGAGCGGUCGGUUAUAUGUGGCAAUGCAUUAGAAGAAACAAGAGGGAAAGAAGUAGAACUUGCAACUGAUUAUGUAAUAAGCCAUACACUGCAAAUUCUUCUGGAGGGCUGUUCUCUAGAUCACCUUUGUGGUUUUCUUCAUAGCUGUGCAAAGAAUUUCUCCCAUAUUGCAACAGACAGAUCUGGGUCUCAUGUUGCUGAAACAGCUUUGAAAUCUUUGGCUGUGCACCUUCAGGAUUGUGAGCAACUAUCUCUUAUCGAAGAGACUUUGAGGAAAAUAUGUGAGGAAAUUAUUGUCAAUCCUGUUGAUAUAAUUUGCAAUGCUUAUGGAUCACAUGUGCUUCGGAGUCUUCUUUGUCUAUUGAAUGGGGUGCCCUUAGAACAAUUCCAUAGCACAAAGUCGGCAGUUGUACUAGCAGAACGGAUGAAUUUUAAGGCUCCUCGAUCAGAAGGCAACAAGUUGUCAUAUUCUAACCAGAGUUUCCCAGAUUUGCUCAAAUACCUUGUGUCAGAGAUGUUAAAUACCACAAGAGAAGACAUUUCUAAUCUUUUGAUGGAUCAGUAUUGCAGUUUGGUUCUGCAGACAGCAUUGAAAUUAUUGGUUGGAAAUGAAGCAGAGCUGUUGCAUAUAAUCCAAAUUCUUCUUGGCUGCAACAUGGAAAUGGAUGGGAACUUCAUAGGAAGACCUAGAUUACAAGAAAUUCUAAAGUGGGUGGAAGAACCUGCAUACAGUCAUUUAUUUGAGGUUAUCAUCGAAGUUGCUCCUGAACCCAUAUACAAGGAGUUAUUACAGAGAGUCUUUAAGAACUCAUUGUUUCAGAUGUCAUCUCAUCAUUGUGGGAACUUUGUUGUGCAGGCUUUAGCUUCUCAUGCUAAAUGCUCAGAGCAUAUUGACUUGAUUUGGGCGGAGCUUGGAACUAAAUUUAAGGACCUACUUGAAAUGGGCCGCUCUGGAGUAGUUGCUUCUCUUGUUGCUGCAACUCAAAAGCUCCAUCACUGUGAAGAAGAGUGUUGUCAGGCACUUGCUUCCGCUGUUUGUGUAGAAAAUGAGCCUCUCAUGUGCAUUAUUCCACGCAUACUGUUUCUUGACAAUUAUUUUAGAUCUGAAGACAAAUCUAACUGGAGUUGGCCAAAUGGCACCAGGAUCCAUGUUGUUGGCUCUUUGAUCCUGCAGUCAAUUUUUAGAUUCCCCAGUGAAUUGAUAAAGGCUUUCAUUUCCGGUAUCACAUCUUUGGAAGAGCAUCAACUUCUUGAAGCAUCUAAAGAUCCCAGUGGUUCACGUGUUAUUGAAGCAUUUCUAAACUCAAAUGUUUCUGCAAAACAUAAGAGGAAGCUAUUGAUCAAGCUUCAAGGACAUUUUGGUGAACUCUCAGUUCAUCCAUUGGGAUCGUUUAUGAUUGAGAAAUGCUUCAAUGCAAGCAACUUGCCUCUAAGGGAGAAAAUUAUUUCAGAGAUGUUACCAUUGCAAGCUGAGUUGUCGAGAACAAAGCAGGGACCUUACCUACUUAGGAGAUUUGACGUUGAUGGAUAUGCAAAACAACCGGAUAUAUGGAAAUCAAGACAAGCUUCGCAACAAUCUGCCAGACAGGAAUUUUAUGCUGAAUUUGGAGCUACUGGUACCAAAUCAAGAAAAGAUAGCUUUCUUGCAGAUACACACAAAUCACAGCCAGAAAAGUUGAAAGAAAUGAGGAAAGAGAUUGAGACCAGUUUUGCUUCUUCCCGAACUUCCAGUAUCCCAUUUUUGGCUUACCAGGGUUCAAAGGCUAAAACAAAGAAGUCGGCCAAGAAGCAACCAUCUGAAAGUGGAGGAUUUGCUAAGCAUUCAGUGAAUGAUGAUUUUUUGAAAGGGAAAAACAAAAAACGAAGAACUGAAAAGGGUAACGAUGGGAUUGAUAGUACCUGUGCGGGAGGAAGUGAGUAUGAUGAACCCUCAAAAUCUGGAGACAAAAAUGAGAAGAAAAGACAAAGAAGAGAAGAAAAAGAAAAGAAAAGAAAAAGGAAAGAUGAAAACUCAAAGUCAUCUAAAAAGAAGAAAAAUGUUAAAGGGUGAAAGUUGGACAUUUCAAGGGUUCCCUACGGCCACCUCCUUCGCAAUUCACUUGCUUGACUGACCAGCAUUUUUGUUUUGUUUUCUUUGUAAACAGGGUUAGUAUGCCCAUUUUUCUGGGGUGCAGAAUACUCAAUGUCCUUAGCCUGUUCUUUAUGAAAUUAUAAUCUUUAUUUAAGUUGAGGGCUGAUAAAAAA